UUUCCCUGCCGUUGUCACUCUCUGGGUACGAGAAGAGAAAAAAUAUUCCUUAAUUUCCGUACAAUGGAAUGAAAGUUUGUUAGUGCGACUGCUGUAGAACAAGCGCCCCGUGUGUUUAUUUCGAACGAUUAGCAAUAUCACCAGCAACACCAUGAUUCGCUAGCUAAAGCUGGUUUUCAUCUUUCCACAAUUGCUUCGAAAGCCGAUGCAUGUCGCGGAUUCAAUCUGUUGUGGUACAGUGCAGAAGAAAGAAAUACCCCUAAUUCUUACCAUUCUAGUGCAACCAACCGUCUAGAUGGAAACAAUGGAAGCAGAAAACUCCAACAAAUACCAGAAACUAGCCACCGAAUACUCAAAACUGCGUGCCCAGGCAAGCGUACUGAAGCGGGCCGUCCUCGAUGAACAAAACAAAAACUCAACCCUACGGGAAUCUUUGCGCCUGAAAGAGGCUACGCUCCGAAAGUCGGAACAGGAGGUGGACAGUUUGGGGUUCCGUAAUAAGCAGCUGGAGCGGCGGGUUGCAGCAUUGCAGGAAAAUCUAGAACAUGAGCUAAAGAAAGGAUCCGGCGGAAAAGCGCUUAAAACGAAAUCAUCCAACAACGACUUGAAUGUGGUGCCGGGUUCGGAGGCUGGCGUGAUUGCGGAAGAAUUGCAGCAAAAAAUUCUCGAAAAUGCACAGCUGUCCAACAGUGUUGAAGACAAGAAUGCCGAAGUGAAACAGUUGCAAAAUCGCAUCGAUAGUCUGAACCGUGAACUCCAGCAACAGGCAACUGUUGAGCAAAAGCUGCGGAAAGAGCUCGAGCUGGUGACUGUUAGGAAUUCGGAGCUUGAAUCUAAAGUUUCCGAAGCAGCCAGCACGAUUGGAAGUGAGGAUGGACUGAGCGUUACGACCGAUGUUGAAAAUCAUUACAACCACUUUACCGCCAGCUCGAACAGUGCGUCCCAGGUGCAAAACAAUGGUACCAAUAAUAACAACAAUACGACGGCCGUCAGCCAGGACGAUCGGGUGGUGUUUCUCGAAAAGGAGCUGAAUCAUUGGCGGGCCCAGUAUGAGCUGCUGAAAAUAGAAACCUCUAGUCACAUUCGAAUAGCGCCAAAGGUUGAACAAAAGGAGGACAUUUUUAGUCAGGGAGCCGAUGGCAUUAAUAGAACACUGGAGGACAAUCAGCAGCAAAAUGAGAUACAAACACGGGAACAGAAGCUGACCGCGUGUUUUACGAAAAGUAUCGAAGAUCUGUUCCAUGACAAAUGUCGCGCAGAAUCGAAACUGGCUUCACAUUUCAUUGAAUGUCAAAGACUGCAAACCCAUUUGGAUGUUUUAAAAAAUCGUCUAAAGGAACGAGAAGAGGCCAAUAGAGAGGAAGAACGCCGCUACCGCAUCAUCGAAGAUGAAUUGUCCCGCACGCGGCUCAACUACGAGGAACAAAUCAGUGUCCUGACCGAGCAAGUGAUAAGCUUAAGUGAUCAGUUAGCCAAGGCCAAGUAGUCCGGGAAGAAGAAACAAGGGACAGAUGGAGCUUCUUUCCCGUUUGUAUUGCAGCAACAUACCCGAGGUUAGCGGGCGUGUGCUACUCUCAGAGAGAUGUGAAUAUCAUUCAAUAUCCUUUCUUGUGCUGGAAAGGAAUUCGCAUAUACUCGUGUGUGUGCGCGCAUUAUGCAAUGAGUUAGAAAGUGCAACCGUGUUGAAACGUUUACUGAAUGUGUAAUAAUAAAUUCUUA